GUGGCCACUCGGAGCGGGCACGGCGCGGCGACUGUAGGCGCCCCGUGGCCGCUGCUCCGCCGGCCAAGCAUGCGCUCUCCCCUGCCGCAGUGGGCCGGUCGGCGAGUGCUGUUGGUCGUGCUCUCGGGGCUUGUAGCCACCUUGCUGGUGUCUUGGCUGGGUGAUCUGGAAACACGAACGUUAAGAUGCCAUAAAGGCGACAACUUAAUUGCAGCAAGGCUGGAAUAUCGAAAGAAGAGAAUCAGAGAAGCAUGCAACAGUUACGGAUACUCUCAUUACCGGUAUCGUUGGCGUGGUGAUGUAUUCGUCGAUAACAUUGUCUGGACCAGACUACCGAAAGUCGCGACAACUUUCAUGGCAGCUCUUAUUCUUCGAAGAAUGAUGAACAACUCAACGUUGAAUUGCCACGCCAGCAGCUGUUUUACGUUACUGGAAGCUGCGACCUCCAGUGACAGUCGCAUUCACGACGAGCUGAUCGGUGUCCGGCCGGACGGCCCUGGCGGCUCGCUGCUCAUUGUCAGAAGGCCCUACGACCGGCUCGUCUCGGCGUUCCUCGACAAAAUAGCCAGAGAUGAUCAUAUGAAGCUUUGGGAUAAAAUCAAGCGGAUAUCAAGCAGAACGAACUCGACCAUGCCACCAACUUUCUCAGAGUUCGUCGAUUUUGUCAUAUGGUCUGAUGAAAACGAUACAGUGAUGGACGGACAUUGGGACACCCAGGAGCGUCUGAGCCGCGUGUGCGAGCGCGACUACCAGUACAUCGUGCAGCUGGAGACGCUGGAGGAGGAGCUGCCGUACGUGCUGCGCCGGCUGGGCCUGGAGACGGAGGCACGCCACCCGGUCACCUCGCGGAACGCCAGCCCGCGCCGCUACGACACCGGCCACUACCUGGACCAGCUGACCGAGGCCCAGCUGGCCCGGCUGGACGCCGUCUAUCGAAUGGACAUCAUACUGUUCAAUGGCUGACGCGCGGAGCGGGAACGGGAUACUGCGCAUUUGGGUCAUGGUUUUUGCCGAAUAUCGUUGAGAUAUUAGCUGUGUGCUUGUAUUUCCAUGAGGGUAGCAAAGCCUGUGAAAAGAUAGCCUCUCGUACGCUUAUUCUUUUAUGGCAAAUAACUGACUCUGUGAAAAGGUUCACGUAGGUAUGGAAUUAUAGGUGGUGACCUGAAUAAAUUAUAAGUUGUCUGUGUCUCCGUCA